GCUUCAGCAAAAUAGGUUCCUGUUGGCCUCUUAGGCACGCAAAACCAGCGCUGGUAACGAGCGAGUCGCAAGGUAGAUUGCGCUUUUACGCGAAUUCGACACUCACGACAAGUAUCAAUCUAUUCGUGAGUAACAAGUACGUUCUUCAGUCCGUGGAACCACUGCUGUCAGCAAUGCAUUGACUGGAGUCCAGUCCGAACGACUCGUCCCGACGGUGGACCAUCAUCGCCUGGUGGUGAAGGUGGAAAAGGACAUGUUGCGUAGCCCCCUCUUAAUUUUGAAGAGACCAAUGUGGCUCGCCAACUCGCUCGCUGGACUGGCUAAGUCUUGAUGGUGAUCCAUCGCACUAUGGAGGCUUCAGGUGGCGACUCCAAGUGGGCUCUGACUGCCAUCCUAAACGAAGGCACCAUGAAGGACGAGGAGAGAUUGGGCAUUGCACUGGUCCAGCGCGAUCCAACCGCCUUCAAAUGCGACGUGUGUGCUCCACUCUCUGGUCUCUACGUGAGCUACGAUCAGAUGCAUUGGCUGGUCUUCGACACAUUCCUGUUGAUUAUUUUGACGAAUGUUUGAGGAUUCUUGUGUCGGACGUCCUCAAAAAGCGAUUGCUUCGAAGUGAUCUUUUACAGGCUCAUCUGCAAAUUGCAAGGCAUUCCUUAGAUGCUGUACCAAUCCAGGACGAACACUUACACCAACAGUAGUGACAGCUGAAUGAUGAAAUGACAAAAAUUGUGUGCCGAUGAUGCUGAACGAAGAAGCAAAACGCGAAUCUGAAAAGGCCUCCGAGUCUUUAACCUGGUACACCCGUAUUUUCGUCACCACGACAGCAACAGGGCAA